AUGGCAUCUUUGGCCCUCGCAGCCGCCGAGUCGGUGCCGCGAUUCUUGUUGCCUCGACUGAGCUGGAGUGCUCCCUCGCCACCGCUGGCCGCCCUGCGAGCCAAGCCGCAUCCCUUCUACCGCGGCACGGCUCUCAUGAUGCGACAAGCCGCCGGCCAGAGUCCGAUUAUCCGUCGAGCGUUUCACGUGACGGCUCUGCGGCAGCGCGAUCACCACUUUGACACGCUCAAGUUUGUCAAGCGACUGCAGAGUGAGGGCUUCACCGAGGACCAGUCCGUCGCCAUGAUGGUCGUUCUGAACGACGUCAUCGAAGAGAGCAUCCAGAACCUCACGCGCACCAUGGUCCUGCGCGAGGACGCGGCCAAGGCCACGUACACGCAAAAGGUCGACUUCGCCAAGCUCCGCUCCGAGCUGCUCUCGGCCGACAGCACCGAGUCCAACACGACGCGCAGCGCCCACGAACGCCUGACCAACGACAUCGCCAAGCUGAGCAGCCGGUUGCGUGACGAGAUCAGUCGCACCCAGGCCAGCGUCCGGCUCGACCUCAACCUCGAAAAGGGCCGGAUCCGUGAGGAGGCCGUCGGCCAAGAGCUCAUGAUCAAGGAGACGGAGACCAAGAUUGAGCAGGAGGUGGCGGCUCUGCGGGAGAAGCUCGAGCAGGUCAAGUUCCAGACGCUUCAGUGGUUGAUGGGCGUGUGCACCGGUUUUGCCGCCCUCAUGCUCGGUGCCUGGAGGCUGCUCAUGUAG